UUCGUGCGCUGACAGCCCGGCUCAGCCAGUCGGCUGGAAUUGAGUAGCAUUCAUUGAAUCUGCGGAUUUCAUGACGUCUCCCUGCGUGGUCCAUCACUUUUAUCCUAACCGGGGAUUUUUUUUUUUCUUUUUCUUUUUUUUUUCCUGCCACUCUUGCCUUUUCCCCCUUCCUUCCAGCGGAUCGCCCUCCCCGGUCCUACGCGAGAGCACACUCCACCCCUCCUUGGGCCCGGCGCCCAGCCCUCCUGUCCGCUCCUGGCCACAGGGAGCCAGUCCGGAGACGGCCGCACCUGGCUGGAGAGGGCGGGCGGAGGGGGCGUCCGCGGGACCCGGGCAGCUGGACCCAGACCUGGAUGACCCGCGAGGAGGAUGGAGUCUCCUAACAGCCUCUGGGGCUAAUGUGAAAUCUGACCCUCUGAGCCCAGUUUUUCUUUUCCUUUUCUUUUUGUAUUUCCUUCCCUCGCCAUCCGUCGUGCAGUGGUUAUUACACCUUGCUCCGGUCCAAGAGAGGAGAUCAUGAUUGAGUGACACCACCCCGUCAGUCCGCAGCAAGGAGAAGCACAAAGAAGAAACUACAGCAAUGGCCAAGUUGACAGAAUCCAUGACUAACGUCCUGGAGGGCGACUCCAUGGAUCAGGAUGUGGAGAGCCCUGUGGCCAUUCACCAGCCAAAGUUGCCUAAGCAGGCCAGGGACGACCUGCCGAGACACAUCAGCAGAGACCGGACCAAAAGGAAAAUCCAGAGGUACGUGAGGAAAGACGGGAAGUGCAAUGUGCACCACGGCAACGUGAGGGAGACCUACCGCUACCUGACCGACAUCUUCACCACCCUGGUAGACCUAAAGUGGAGAUUCAACCUGUUGAUCUUCGUCAUGGUUUACACAGUGACGUGGCUCUUUUUCGGAAUGAUCUGGUGGUUAAUUGCAUACAUCCGAGGAGACAUGGACCACAUAGAGGACCCCUCGUGGACUCCCUGUGUCACCAACCUUAACGGGUUCGUCUCUGCUUUUUUAUUCUCGAUAGAGACAGAAACCACCAUCGGUUAUGGCUACCGGGUCAUCACAGAUAAGUGCCCGGAGGGAAUUAUUCUCCUCUUAAUCCAGUCUGUGUUGGGAUCCAUUGUCAACGCAUUCAUGGUGGGAUGCAUGUUUGUGAAAAUAUCUCAGCCCAAGAAGAGGGCAGAGACCCUGGUCUUUUCCACCCACGCGGUGAUCUCCAUGCGGGAUGGGAAACUGUGCCUGAUGUUCCGGGUAGGGGACCUUAGGAAUUCCCACAUCGUGGAGGCUUCCAUCAGAGCCAAGUUGAUCAAAUCCAAACAGACUUCAGAGGGGGAGUUCAUCCCCCUGAACCAGACAGAUAUCAACGUAGGGUACUACACGGGGGAUGACCGUCUGUUUCUGGUGUCACCGCUCAUCAUUAGCCACGAAAUUAACCAACAGAGUCCUUUCUGGGAGAUCUCCAAAGCCCAGCUGCCCAAAGAGGAACUGGAAAUUGUGGUCAUCCUAGAAGGAAUGGUGGAAGCCACAGGGAUGACGUGCCAAGCGCGGAGUUCCUACAUCACCAGUGAGAUCCUGUGGGGUUACCGGUUCACGCCCGUCCUGACGCUGGAGGACGGCUUCUACGAAGUUGACUACAACAGCUUCCACGAGACCUACGAGACCAGCACCCCGUCCCUCAGUGCCAAAGAGCUGGCCGAGCUGGCCAGCAGGGCAGAGCUGCCCCUGAGUUGGUCUGUGUCCAGCAAACUCAACCAACAUGCAGAACUGGAGACUGAAGAGGAAGAAAAGAACCUGGAGGAGCAGACGGAAAGGAAUGGUGAUGUGGCUAACCUGGAGAACGAAUCCAAAGUGUAGCGCCCUAGCGGGGCAGCCCCUCUCCCCCCACCCCCCCGACACGCUCUUUCCUUGUCUAUCAUUCUCUUUCUUUUCUGUCUCUCUUACUUUGUUCUUUAUUUCUUUCUAUUUAAUUUUGACAUUACCAGAAAACAAAUCUUCAAGGUGUAAAAUAUC